UGCGACCAGCUGCCAGCAGGCUCCACGGUCUCCCGUCUCUUAUAGUUACCGCGACGUACUCUUUCUCUCUCUCUUUCAUCGUCUCAUCCAUGCAUCAUGGCCAAUACGACGACAGCACAAGACCGACCUCGCAACCGGCUCGUGGGCCAGCCCUUGCUCUAUGCGAUUUCCAUAUUCGCCAGUCUCGGAGUAUUCCUCUUUGGAUAUGAUCAAGGUGUCAUGAGUGGCGUAAUCACCGGCCCUCACUUCCGCAAGUUCUUCAACAAUCCAGAUGCUGUUCAAAUCGGCACAAUGGUGGCCGUCCUUGAAGUCGGCGCUUUCAUCACUUCUGUCGCCGCUGGCAAGAUUGGCGACCUUAUGGGUCGCAAAGGAACCCUCUUCAUCGGCGCCGUUGUCUUUACUAUUGGAGGUGCCAUCCAGACUUUUACUACAGGCUUCUGGAUUAUGAUUGUGGGACGCGUUGUUAGUGGCUUUGGAGUAGGCCUUCUUUCCACCAUUGUACCUAUCUACCAGAGCGAAAUCUCCCCUCCGGAUCAUAGAGGCGCCUUGGCAUGUAUGGAGUUCACCGGAAACAUCAUUGGCUACUCGUCUUCAGUUUGGGUCGAUUACUUUUGCUCGUACAUCGAUUCCGAUCUUUCCUGGCGCAUACCCUUGUUUAUGCAAUGUGUAAUAGGGGGCAUUCUUGCGGCUGGGAGCCUUGUAAUGCCCGAAAGCCCAAGGUGGCUUAUUGACACUGAUCAGGAUGAUGAGGGUAUGAGAGUCAUCGCCGAUCUUCAUGGCGGAAAUAUGCAGAAUCGUGUUGCUCUUGCCGAGUUCCAAGAAAUCAAAGACAAAGUUAUGGAGGAGCGUGCUUCCGGAGAAGCUCGAUCGUAUGCGGUUAUGUGGCGUAGAUACAAAAGACGCGUUCUAUUAGCUAUGUCUUCUCAGGCUUUUGCUCAGCUUAACGGUAUCAAUGUGAUCUCUUACUAUGCCCCACGAGUAUUCGAAGAGGCCGGUUGGAUCGGUCGAGAUGCCAUACUUAUGACUGGUAUCAACUCUCUCGUCUACGUUCUUAGUACUCUGCCUCCAUGGUACUUGGUUGAUCGAUGGGGUCGACGUGCGAUUCUCUUAUCUGGAGCUGUUAUUAUGGCCAUCGCUUUGGGAGCCACUGGAUGGUGGAUGUACGUUGAUGUUCCACAAACAGCUAACGCGGUCGUAAUCUGCGUGAUCAUCUACAAUGCGGCCUUUGGAUAUAGCUGGGGGCCCCUACCCUGGUUGUAUCCCCCCGAGAUCAUGCCUCUGACCAUUCGUGCGAAAGGUGUCUCGUUGUCGACUAGUACCAAUUGGGCUUUCAACUUUUUGGUUGGCGAAACCACUCCGUUCCUUCAAGAAUAUAUAGAAUGGCGAUUGUACCCCAUGCAUGGAUUCUACUGUGUCUGCAGUUUCGUUUUGGUUUAUUUCCUUUAUCCGGAAACCAAGGGUGUACCUCUAGAAGAGAUGGAUACUGUGUUCGGAGAAGAGGAACUCGAGGAACGCCUGGAUAACGAGGAUGAUGACGACUCUUAUGAUGAAACUACAUCCCUCCUUGGGGACGGGCUGCCCACUAAUAAUCAAGCGAUUAACCAAUCAGGACCCAGGCGACGCCGUUCCAGUGCUGGCUGGAUCAGCAGAAUGUUCAAGCGCCGCAAUGAAGGAAUUUCCUCAGCAACAACUACAUAGGAUACAGCUUACACCUAUUCCAUACGGCCAAUUUCCUAAUCACCUGUUGUAGCAUUAUGGAAGCCGUAUAUUGCGACGCUGCUAACAUACACAUUGUACAUGCAUAGUUAUAAUGUCUUCUAUAUCUCGAACGAACUAUU